AGUUACGAAGUGUUACGUUAAACUCGACUCAACAUGCACGACGCUGCAAACGAGCAGUUACGAAGAUCAAAUCUAUUUUUGACCUUAUCCGCUUGGCUAAAUCUUCUCUGUUUCAAUCUUCAGAAGCUCUAAACAAACUCAAACUCAUCAUCUCAUCACUAUUUUAACGAUAAAUCUCAUCCAAGUCCACAUUGAAAUCCUCCUUUAGCCAGCUCUAGAUACGUUCUUCCAGAGCAGACAGAAGCUUCAGCUGCCCAGAGACCACGAAUCUUCCCAUGGCGACGGCCACCGGCGGCGGAGGCUGCUGCGGCGGAGGCCGCUUCGUCCUCCAGGUCCUCCGAGGGCGGUGGUUCAUGAUGUUCGCGUCGUUCCUGAUAAUGGCGGGCGCCGGGGCCACCUACCUCUUCGGCGUCUACUCCAAGGACAUCAAGUCCACCCUCGGCUACGACCAGUCGACCCUCAACCUCCUCAGCUCCUGCAAGGACCUCGGCGCCAACGUCGGCGUCCUCUCUGGCCUCAUCGCCGAGGUCGCCCCUACGUGGCUCGUCCUCCUCAUCGGCUCCACCAUGAACUUCGCCGGCUACUUCCUCAUCUGGCUUGCCGUCACCCGUCGCAUCCCCCGGCCGACGGUCUGGCAGAUGUGCGUCUACAUCUGCGUCGGCGCCAACUCCCAGAACUUCGCCAACACGGGCUCCCUCGUCACCUGUGUCAAGAACUUCCCCGAGAACCGAGGCAUCAUGCUUGGCCUGAUGAAGGGCUUCGUGGGGCUGAGCGGCGCGAUGAUGACCCAGCUCUACUUCGCCAUCUACGGGGACGACUCCAAGUCCCUCAUCCUCCUGAUCGGGUGGUUGCCGGCGGUGAUCUCGAUCGUCUUCGUGUACACCAUCCGGACAAUGAAGCUCUCGACGCACCCCAACGAGCUCAAGGUGUUCUACGAGUACUUGGCCAUCACGGUCCUGCUCGCGCUGGUCAUCAUGGCCCUGACCAUCGCUCAGAAGCAGGUCAGCUUCUCCCAUUGGGCCUACGUGGCGAGCGCGGUCGCCGUCUGCGUCUUGACUUUCCUCCCCCUUGGGAUCGCGGUGAGGGAGGAGUGGGCCGCGUGGAAGCAGAGGAAGGCACAACAACCUGUUGCUGAUGAUGAUGAUGGCUCUAGUGCUGCUCAUGAUUUGGAAAUUCAUGCGACUGAUCAGCCAAAGCAGGAAGAGCAAGAGGUUGCCAAUCCAAAUGACCAAAUAGAGAGCAGCAAUACAAAUAACACUUCGUGCUGUGCUGAUGUGUUCAAGCCACCCCAGAGGGGUGCGGACUACACAAUCAUGCAGGCCCUUUUGAGCUUGGACAUGAUCACACUCUUUGUGGCAACGUUUUGCGGCCUAGGAUGCAGCCUGACCGCGGUCGACAAUCUUGGCCAGAUUGGCGAGUCCCUGGGCUACCCGCAGCACACGAUCGGCACGUUCGUGUCCCUCGUGAGCGUGUGGAACUACUUUGGCCGGGUCUUCGCUGGGUUCAUCUCGGAGAUCAUAUACGAGAAGUGGAAGGUGCCCCGCCCCGUCAUCACGAUGCUCUCGCUCGUCAUGUCGGGAGUCGGGGACCUCCUCGUCGCGUUCCCCGCCCCCGGGUCGGUCUACAUCGCCUCCCUCCUCAUCGGGUUCUCCUACGGCGCACAGCUCACGCUCCUCUUCAUCAUCAUCUCCGAGCUCUUUGGGCUCAAGUACUACUCGACGCUGUUCAACUGUGGGCAGCUGGCGAGCCCCCUCGGAUCUUACAUCCUCAACGUGCUAGUCGUGGGGAGGCUGUACGACCAGGAGGCUACGAGGCAGCUCGCGGCCAGAGGGCUGACCCGAUCGGCUCUGAAGGAGCUGACUUGCAUUGGGAAGCGGUGCUACCGGUUGUCGUUCAGCAUUUUGGCGGGCGUGAACGCGUUCGGCGCGCUUGUCUUGCUGGUUUUGGUCAUGAGGACUAGGAAGUACUACCAAGGGGAUAUCUACAAGAGGUACAGAGAUCAAAUGGCCGAGAAUGAGAAGCGAAUUGCGUUGAGCAAUGCCAACAUUGAUGAUCCUGAGGAUGUAAAAGAUAGAAAGUGA